CAACAUCCGUUCCCCACCAAGGCAUCGUUUACCACCGCCGAGAUGCAGUCCUUGCCAGACGCUCGCCAGCAGUCCUUCGAGGAGCUCUACGGCCCUCCCGAGAACUUCCUCGAAAUCGAAGUCCGCAACCCGAUGACCCAUGGCGUUGGUCGUGGCAUGUACACUACCUACGAGAUCGUGAUGCGCACAAACAUCCCCGCCUUCAAACUCAAGUCUUCUUCCGUCCGCCGUCGAUAUAGCGAGUUCGAAGCGUUUCGAGAUAUUCUGGAGCGCGAGUCGGCAAGGGUUACGAUACCACCGCUACCAGGCAAGGUCUUGACGAAUCGAUUCUCAGAUGAUGUGAUAGAGCACCGGAGGGAGGGACUGCAGCGGUUUCUCCAGAUCGUGGUGGGUCAUCCGCUGUUGCAGACAGGGAGCAAGGUGCUGGCGGCGUUCGUGCAAGAUCCAAACUGGGACCGCCACGCGUGGUAGCUCUUCCUUUCUCGCCUCUCCGUAUUUACAUUUUAUCCUACCCAGCCUCACGAUUACUCUCCCGUCCACUGGCGAGCAAUCACACGACAGUCACGAGCCCACGAAUAACGGCCGUGGGGUGGGGACAACUUACGCAAGGAGCAUUUUCUGUUCACUUGGGGUGAUGGGGGUGCGUUCUGGAGCAGAAUUUGAUGUCUUGUAGGAUGCUCAGAGAGUCGGCUUUUUCCAUAAUCAUUGGUGAUUAGACAACUUGUUAAUAGGCUCAUCCAGGGGUUUCCGUACGGUAAUGUGACAGAUACGCCAGAUAUAUACUACUUUCUUCUUCAAAGGACUUUUUCUUAUGUUGCGAAAGGACGCCAUAUCUGGUAACCCGGAUUGCGAGGCUUCAAGGCUCGAAGCGAGAACGCCGAGAGCGGUACAAAAGCAAAACUGGUCACGCCAGGUUCGGAAAAUGAAUUUCGGCCAAUUUGAG